UGAGGGAGGAAGUGAGUCGUUACUCCACAACGCCCCGCCCCCAUUGAGAAGGCAGUGAUGCAAGGCACGCCUCUGAGAAGCCUGCAACCCGUCCAGACGGACCGGACCACUUUGGACUACGCUCCUCAUGUAUUGGUCCCCCGUAUGUUCUCCGCCACUCCGCUGCACGGAUUAGUUUGAUUGGAUUUUAAAGCAGACAAUUACUCGAGCAGCCUGCUUUCCGCUUUUUCCUUCGCACUUAUUUAAUCGUUUCUGGAUCUAAAAAAAAAAAAAAAGUCGUAGUUCUGUAGAUCCUCCAAAUGCUUCGCCUGUCAGACUCGCUUUGCAUGUGGGUAUAAGAAGCCAGCGUCCAGGUGCUUCAACACAGGGGAUCUUAUUUAUGAUCGUUUUUUUUUAAAUUCCCUUCCUUCUCCUGGAGGCGCGUCCUUUAUUUCCCCAUCCACUAUGUCUGAUUCCAACGCUGAAUGCAAUAUCAAGGUGUUGUGUCGAUUCCGCCCGCUGAACCAGUCCGAGAUUAUCCGCGGAGACAAGUUCAUCCCAAUAUUUCAAGGAGAAGACACUGUCAUCUUUGGGGGGAAGUCUUACGUGUUUGACCAGGUCUUCCCGACCAACACCACGCAGGAACAAGUCUACAACACAUGUGCCAAACAGAUUGUCAGAGAUGUACUGGCUGGAUACAAUGGGACCAUCUUUGCCUAUGGGCAGACCUCUUCAGGAAAAACUCACACCAUGGAGGGGAAGCUUCACGAUCCCCAGGCCAUGGGAAUCAUCCCCCGGAUUGCCCAGGACAUUUUCGAACAUAUAUUUGCCAUGGAUGAGAACCUGGAGUUUCACAUAAAGGUCUCCUACUUUGAGAUCUACAUGGAAAAAAUCCGGGACCUCCUCGAUGUGACAAAAACCAACUUGUCAGUGCAUGAGGACAAAUACAGGGUCCCUUAUGUGAAGGGCUGCACAGAGCGGUUUGUCACCAGUCCUGAGGAGGUGAUGGAUGUGAUAGAUGAGGGGAAGGCCAACCGUCACGUUGCUGUCACCAAUAUGAAUGAGCAUAGUUCUCGCAGUCACAGCAUCUUCCUGAUAAACAUUAAACAAGAAAACGUUGAGACGGAGCAGAAACUGUGCGGGAAGCUGUACCUGGUUGACCUUGCUGGGAGUGAGAAGGUCAGUAAGACAGGCGCCGAGGGAGCGGUGCUGGAUGAGGCCAAGAACAUCAACAAGUCUCUGUCGGCUCUGGGGAACGUCAUUUCUGCUUUGGCUGAAGGAACGAAAUCUCAUGUGCCGUAUCGUGACAGCAAAAUGACACGCAUCCUGCAGGACUCGCUGGGCGGGAACUGCCGCACCACCAUGUUUAUCUGUUGCUCUCCCUCCAGCUACAAUGAUGCAGAGACCAAAUCCACGCUGAUGUUUGGCCAACGAGCCAAGACCAUUAGAAAUACCGUCACAGUGAAUCUGGAGCUCACAGCAGAGCAGUGGAAGAAGAAGUACGAGAAGGAAAAGGAGAAGAACAGGUCGAUGAAGGAGACGAUACAAAGACUUGAAGCUGAGCUGAACCGCUUGAGGAAUGGUGAUAAUGGUGUUGUGCUGGAGCGGCUGGGUGAAGGACCUGAGGAUGCCCCCUUUGUGCCUCUGGAUUUCGAAGAGCCAGCUGUUGAAUUAUGCAGCCCGUGCACCCCCUGCUCCCCUUGCAGUCCCUGCUCCGUAGCCUCGUCCAUUGUGGUCCAUAUCUCUGAGGAAGAGCGGCAAAAGUAUGAAGAAGAGAUUCGCAAGUUGUACAAGCAGCUGGAUGAUAAGGAUGAUGAAAUCAACCAUCAGAGCCAGAUGGUGGAGAAGCUGAAGGAGCAGAUGCUCGACCAGGAGGAGCUUUUGGCUUCAUCCAGGGGAGACAGCGAGAAGGUGCAGUCAGAGCUCGGCAGGCUGCAGGCGGAAAGUGACUCGGCUAAGACUGAGGUGAAGGAGGUGCUUCAGGCCCUGGAGGAGCUGGCUGUAAACUACGACCAGAAAAGCCUGGAGGUCGAGGAGAAAAGCGUGCAGAACAAGCUCCUGGCUGAAGAACUUGGAAAGAAGAUGGCUCACCUCAGGGCUUUAGAGGCAGAGCUGUCCCGGAUCCAGGAGGUGAGUAGCCACCAAAGAAAACGCAUCGCUGAGGUUCUCAACGGCCUCAUGAGGGAUCUGCGGGAGUUCAGCACCAUAGUUGGAAACAGGGAAAUCAAGCUGCCCAUGGAGAUCACUGGCGCGAUUGAGGAGGAGUUCACCGUGGCUCGACUCUACGUCAACAAGAUAAAGUCGGAGGUGAAGUCCAUGGUGAAGCGCUGCCGACACCUGGAGAACCUCCAAACGGAGUGCAACCGAAAGAUGGAGGAAACGAGCCGGGAGCUGUCGUCGUGCCACCUCCUCGUCUCGCAGCACGAGGCAAAGAUCCGCUCGCUGACGGAGUACACGCAGAACGUGGAGCUGAAGAAGCGACAGCUGGAGGUCAGCCACGAUUCUCUGACUGAGGAGCUGGCUAAGCUCAGAGCUCAAGAAAGCAUGUCACAGGUGACCAGUGGGGAAAACAGCACAUCCCUCCAGUCUGAUAUAAAGAGAGCCCUGGAGGAGCAGAUGCAGUCACACCGUGAAGCCCAAAGCAAGCAGCUUGGCCGCCUUCGAGACGAGAUCGACGAGAAGCAAAAGACCAUUGAUGAAUUAACAGACUGCAACCAGAAGCAGCAGCUCGAGUUGGAGCAACUGUACAGCGACUUUGAACAUCUCAGGAGCCGGGAGCAUCACAAGAGCCGGCAGCUGGAGGAACUGACGUUUCUCUGCGAACGGCACGAGCAGUCAAAGCAGGACCUCAAAGGGCUGGAGGAGACUGUUGCCCGUGAACUCUACACCCUGCACAACCUCCGCAAGCUUUUUGUUCAAGACCUCACGACUCGAGUUCGAAAAAGUACAGGGUUUGAACCGGAUGAUACCGGGGGAUUUAUCACCCAAAAACAAAAGAUUUCCUUUCUUGAAAACAACUUGGAGCAGCUUAGUAAGGUUCACAAACAGCUGGUACGCGACAAUGCAGAUCUUCGCUGCGAGCUUCCAAAGCUGGAGAAACGUCUUCGCUCUACAGCCGAGCGAGUCAAGGCGCUGGAGGGAGCGCUGAAGGAGGCGAAGGAGGGCGCCAUGAAGGACCGUCAACGCUACCAGCAGGAGGUGGAGCGAAUCAAGGAUGUGAUGAGGCGCAAUCCUUUCCGCCGCCCCCAUGCUGCGCAGAUAGCCAAGCCUGUGCGUCCUGGCCACUACCCGCUCUGUGCCCCCAUCAACCACUUCUUCAUCCGAGGCUACAGCGAAAGCCCCGUCGCCUUCUGCAACGCCGGUUUCCAGAAUAAAAACCAACCAGCAGCUUCCACCGAUGCUUCCCCGACACGCGACACCCAGGCCAGAUUAGCCGAGGGCGACUGCAACCAGAACAGCGCCGCGGAACACCUCGACCCGCAGAGCGACGACAGCAGCGAUGCUCAGAACAACACGCUUCCAGCUGAAGCAGUGAGCAAAGCAGAGAAGUCUUCAGAAAUGCUUGAUUCAGAGAACGGAAACACCACAGACAUCAAUGACAACAGCAUCCGUCUGAAUGUGAAUUCUGCGUCCAGAACUGACGUCUGCGACAACCAGGACGUAGCAGAACUCUACAAGCCGCAGAACGAGGCUUCAGCCAGCUAAGGCAGGUGAAUGUUUCUGAGGCCUCCACUCUAAAUCUGCAUGCAGAUGAUCACUGUUGUCCCAGGUUCCUCUUUAUGCCCCGCUCCCACCUGCUGUAAACAGUCCUCUUUCUGUCAGUUCCCCAGCCUUAGCCUGUUCUUCUCUGCCUCCUUCUUCUUCUUUCUGUGUGUGGGUAACAAUUUGGCAAGCACUGCAUCUCGACUACCUGCCAGCCUACAACUGCAAGCUGCACCCGAUCCCCGUCACUUGAAAUAGAACGGGCCAAAAAUAGAGAGGGAGAGAGAGAGAGAGAAGCUGCAUUGCAAUUUGUUACCACCAGGGUGUGCUCAUUAGCAUUAGGGGCAGAAGAAGAAUGCUUCCGUUUUAAAUCCCAUAGUUAUUAUCAUCAUCAGUAAACUUAUGGGUCCCGUGAAUAAUCAACUACCUAAAACAUGAAAGGUAACGCUUGACGUGAAAACUGUACGAACCCGGUGAUUACUUAUUAUUUAUUCUUUUCGCUGCAUGUUUAUUUUUGAUUAAACAACUUGUGAGGUUUUCACUGGUGUUUGACCUUGUUGUUUCUCUCAGUCAGAAGCCGACAAUACUCUCCUUUGAAUUUUUGGGGGGGCGGUGGGUUAAAACACAUUCAAGGUAAUGUUUGUCACAAAAAUAAGAACCACUGCUGAACUUUAGAAGACAGGAACAGUUUUCAUAAUUAAAAUUAUCAUUCUAUUUUUCCCUUAAACAACCAGUGAAUCAUAAUUUUCAUCUCUACCUUUUGUAUGAAUUAUAUUUCAGAACUCCAGUAGAGUUUAGUUUUUAUUCUGUUUGAAACCUAUCUGGCAGCUGAUUAGCUCUUCCUGUUCCUCUGUGUCACCAGUGGAAUAUAAUGUUUAAUAUCAUAGCUUUCAGGGCCAAAGGUUGUACUUUAUCUACAAUUUUAAAGCGCUAAUACUGAAGUAUUCAUUCGACAAAUGAACGCUUGAGGCCGAAUAUUAUUUCUUUGCAGCUCUGACAAAGUGAUUGGUCAGUUAAAAACUAAAAACCGAAAGCUUUGGUUACCUAGAUCCCACUGACUGCCAUCUGUCCUGAAAGGUAAAAUUAUUUGAUUUGCUUUCCUUUUUUUCUUUAAUACACAUUAUUAUUAACUUUUAAAGGUUUCCCAAUGUGAGCUUCUGACAGAAAGGAAUAAAUGAAAGGCAAGAAAGUAAUGUAAGCCUCAUGUCCAGAGCAGCUGGAAGUUUACGCUCUCGAUCUACUGCUUUCACACGUUUACCUCAUUCUUUGAAACAACACUGUGACAUCUGUUAGUGAGAACAUAUAAAGAGUCGCCUUUAAAACACAAUCCUACCACUUAAUUUGUUGAUGUUUUAUUUCCAUCCCUAAAGUCUCUGUCUAUUUUCAUUCUGCUAAAGAUUUAUGCAACUAUUGCAGUUUAGACUACUUAGACAUCAAGGCUGAUAAAAGCAAAAUGAAGCCGGCAAAUCCUGCAGUAGUGCUUGACAAAGUUUAUUCAUAUCUGAUCUUUUUACAAAUAAAUGUAUUUUUACAACACAGUAUUCGACGUCACAAUACAGUGGCUUGCAAAACUAUUUCUAACCUUUGAAUGUCUUCAUAUCGCUCCAUGCAACAACCACAAACUUUGAUUUAUUUUAAUCGGAUUUAGUUUGAUUGACCAAUACAAAAUGGUUUGCUAGCAAAGCAGAAGAAAAACUAUAAAUGGUUUUCAAAAUAAGAAAAUUUAGUUAAAAUGAAAAUCUGGAAGGUUUGGCAAGCAUUUCUGUUUAAACCCAUUCAGUAGUACCCCUAAACAACGCCCAGUUGCAUUUAGACAUCAUCUACUUAGUAAAUAAUCCCGCUGUUUCAUUUAAUUUCAGUAAAUAACAGGUUUUAAUUUUUUUUUUAAAUAAAACCAUAAGCUUUUAAUGUCUGACAGAGCUCAGUUCACUCCAUUAGAAAAUAGAGUAGAGAGCGUUGGGUUUAUGCAUAUUUUAUGUUUGAAUUGGGCAUUGGAUAUCUGGAGGACCACAAUGAAAAAAAAAAGCUCUUGUGCUUCUUAUGUUUUUACCCCCGUCGAUGUUACUUCACUGUUGUCUUGAAGUAAUAUUGUUGCUUCAAACCAAGAGGCCCAUGGUAACCCUGGAGGAGCUGCAGAGAUCCACAGCUCUGGUGGCAGAAUCUCUUGACAGGAACACUAUUAGACAUGCAAUCUCCCUUUUAAAGAAGAAUAAUGAAAUAAAUUGUGGUUUUUGAAGAACACCAUAUUAAGUCAUGUUUGCAGUUUACCCAAGUCAUGAAGCAAAUGUGGAUUAGAUUUUUUUUUUUUUUUUGGCGACCUGCAAUCAAACAAGCCUGUACUAAAUCAGGACAUGAAUACAAAUGCACGCCACACUUUUCAAUUUUUCAUUACUAAAUGAUUUUGAAAAAUAUGCAUCAUUCUCUGUUUGAUGUUACGACAAAACGCGGGAAAAAAAAACAUCAACGGCAUGUAUACUUUAUCAAGGCACUCCAAGCCCUUUUAUAUUUUAAAUGUUGGAAAAACUAGCUUCCAUUGCAUCUUUAUCUAUAUAUAUUUUUUAUUAUUAUGUUUUUUUUUUUAUUGUUGUUGAAAAAAGCAGAACCCGUAAUAGAUGUUUAAAUAUAUUUUUGACUCAUGAUGGUUCACCUCAUUCCCAUACUGGCACUUUGUCAUGAAGCGCCAAAGGAACCACAGACCCCAAAAAGAAAAAGACAGGUUCAGUGGUUGACAUUUGUUGGUUUUUCAUGUCAAAAUUUGGAUUCAGAUCAUUUGGUGCUGCAAAACUGAACAAAAAGACGUAAACAAAAAACACAAAGACAAAUUGUUUUGAUGGUCUCACGGUGUAGUUGUUAACAUAAUUUCAAUGUGUAUAUUAUCUAAAAAACAACUGCUUGCAAGUGAUUGUUUGUUAAACUUUAAAAUAUAAUUUCAUCAGAGCAUGGCAAACAAAAAAAAAUAUGUAGCAACUAUUUUUAUACUCAAAGAAUUUGUUAGAAAUAUAGAUUAUUUAUUGUUUGCUGUGUUUUAAAGAUAAUUGAUUUGCUUCCUGUUCAUUCUUUGUUUUUAAGGUUUGCUGAAUGUGAAAUAUCUGUAUUUUGUUGAUGUGUAAAUGUAUUUUUUCAUGCAUUUCAUUCACUGUAAUGAAGGGAAGAUGUAUUUUCACCAGUUAUUGAAUGCAUGUAUGAAAGUGUAAUCACCACAGGAUUUUUGUUAAAGUGACUAAUCCCGUUUAACCACCUCAGACCGAAACCAAUGGGUGGGUUAUCUUGCAGAUUAUCUUUUAAAGAGGAUGCAACCUAUAGCCUAUUUAGGCUCAGCUGAACAUUGGACAGAAGGGUUACUGUAGGUUAUCGGGAGAUGACAGAGUCCUGUCUUAGUCACCGACACUCACUGAGAGAUACAACAUCUCAUCUCGGCCAUUUUUCUGACCUUUGAGAAUGCAGAUAGGUUUUAAGAUCUGUGGAGGGUGCAGUCAGAGAUAUCAGAGCAGAUAAAGUAAUAGGCCCAAUGUCUCCAGCACAAAGAUAGACAGCCGCUAAAAACGGUCCACCCUGUCAUUCUGACGUCCUGAUCAGGCAGUCAGGAUCAGAGAGUCCAGGGUGACAGUCCAGGAGCUGCACUGUCAUUGUCUGAGUGAGUGUGGGUGUUCUUCAAUUAAAACAUUUUCUGAACUUUGGUUUUCUGUGAUCCCUUGAAUAUAAAAACCAAUACAAAUACAAUAUCAGCAAACCCAUAUACUGUCCCUUGCAAAAGCAAUCAUACCCCUUGAACUUUUUCCAAUUCUCAAACAAUACAUCUUCAAAUGAAAUCUACAGAAAUUAUUUAUUUACUCUCAAACUUCAUCAUCACCCUUUUUUGUUAUAUACCAAUUCUUCAGUUCAGCAUUUUCCCAAGGGUCAAAAAGGUCAAUGCACAUAAAGUUGAGUGUGCUUAAAUACCUGACAAAAACCAUGUACUGAAUGUGAACGUUCAACCUACCUUCAGACAGUGAAAGCAGAUCUCCUGUCAUGUAGCAGCUCCCUGUGUUUCUUUUUUUUUUUUUUUAUCAACCUGGAAAUAAUCUGGCGAGAUGAACCCUGUGUGAUACGCUAUCCUGAAUGUGAACGAUAUGAAGAACUGCAGGAGUUACAAAAAAAGGGUUUGAGGAGAAAAUGUCUGUUUGUACAGUUGUGCAAUGCUUUGUUUGUUUAUGUCGUAGUGCAUGGGGUAUCUUCUCUGUAGCUGCAGAGAAACAUCUUUGUUAUUCCAUGAAAACUCAUUUGAAUAAAUAUGAUCCUGUGACCAUGAA